GGCGCUUUGGCAGCUCGCAGCAGACGAGGACGAACAGAGCUACGAGCAGCUUUGAAUCCAUUUCGUGUAUUAUAAGUGCUCUGGACGGAGAUAUUUUUUCCUGCUUAUGGGUCUAAAACUGUAAUUUCUUGGAGUUAAUCUUCGCAGUGUGUAGUGGAGAAGCCGGGAGAACAGCAGCAGCGCUCAGUCUUUUGUGUUUUGCCGAACGGAUUUCCCGCCAUGGCCGAACAUCUCUCUCAGAGUGAACUGGACUAUCCUUUCAAACUGCUCGAGUACUUUAAUGGCUUCAGAGUGUCCAAGGUAAUUUUUUCAGCGUGUGAGCUGGGAGUGUUCGACCUGCUCCUUCACUCCCAGAAGCCCCUCAGUGCAGCUGAGGUGUCACAGGAGCUUGGCACCAGUGAGGAUGGCAUGGAGCGACUGCUGGAUGUGCUGGUGGGCAUUGAGAUUUUGGAGGUGGAGCUUACAAAAGGCACAGCCUAUUACAGCAGCACUGACGUUGCUAAUCUGUAUCUGGCCAAGUCUAGCCCUAAAUCUCUCCAUGACAUGAUCAUCUACCAGUCUCAGACCAUCUACCCUCUCUGGAACAACAUGGUGGACGCAGUCAGGGAAGGAAAGAACCAAAAUGAAAAAACCUUUGGUCUCUCAUCAGAAGAUAUCUUCUCAGCCAUAUACAGGUCGGAGGAACAGAUGCUAAAGUUUAUGGGUUUGAUGAACUCAACAUGGAUCAUUGACGGCCAUGACAUAGUAACAGCCUUUGACCUGACCUGCUUCAAGUCCAUAGUGGAUGUUGGAGGCUGUUCUGGAGCUUUGGCUCGUGAGUUAGCUAAAGCCUACCCUGCUUCCACGGUUACAGUUCUGGACCUGCCUAAAGUGGUCCAAACAGCCCAGAAACACUUCAGUCAAAGCGACGACACCAUCCACUUUCAUGAAGGGGACUUUUUUGAAGAGGACCUCCCUGCUGCUGAUCUGUAUGUCCUAGCGAGGAUCAUCCAUGACUGGAAGGAGGAGAAGUGUCUGACGCUGCUGAAGAAAAUUCAUGCAGCCUGCCAGCCAGGAGGGGGUGUUCUGCUAGUGGAGGCUCUGCUGUUUGAGAACCACAGAGGUCCCAUCAUGGCUCAGAUCUUUUCUCUGAACAUGCUGGUUCAGACGGAGGGGAAGGAGCACCCCCCCUCGUGGUACACGCACAUGCUCACUGCGGCCGGCUUCUCCGAUGUGCAGGUGUGCAGGACGGGCAAAUCCUAUGACGCCAUUCUGGCCCUCAAAUGACCUCACACACAUGUGCACACACACACACAUGCACACAAUAUACACCAAGGCUGCAUCCCACGCAGCUCAGUAUUGGACGUCUAGUGCACUAUUUAGGAAGAAGCCAUGGGUUUUGUGAACCUCUGUAGUGCACUAAAUAUGGCAAACAAAGGUAUUUGGGAGCACAUUUCAGAUUUACCACUGUUUUCCCAUCAUCAACAUUCCAUAUAAACUCAGCAGACACGUGUGUGUUCACUGAUUGUUUUAGACAGUAAAUAAAAUUGCCAUGUUUGUGUUGUAGUCAUGGUGACCUCUAGUUCCUAUCACCACCACUGUAAAGACAACUGCGUCUCUACAAUCAACCAUUUCACAUUGAAUGACUGUUUACAUCUCAAUGGUUGAAUUAUGCAGAUAUUUAGAAAAAUGGUAGAUUUCCACUUUAAAGUGGAAAUAAAUUUUAAAGUGUAUUAGGUCUAUGUGGACUUUUUAACAGUGUCUAACUCCAGCUUUAAAGGGCCAUAGCACUGCACAUUUCAGUGUUUUCCAAGAUCACACAAAGCACACUCGGAUCAAGGUCUUCAGAAUGUUGGAUCUUAAUAUCUAAAUAUUAAAGCCAAGUGUUGAAGGUUAUGGUCGCCUUGGUGAUUUUCCUGCUCAAACAUCGGAUUCAUCCGAUUAGCUCAUCUCUGAGUUUGGUCAGUUAGAGCACUGACCAUCCAAGAUCUCCCUUAAAACAUUUCCAUCCUCCUAACCUGUGUGUGGGCAGAUAAAGCAACAGUUUGACAAAAAAUCAAACUUCAGUUUCUCGAUACCCUAAAUGUAGUUGAUCAGUCAAGACAGGUUUGCUGGUCUUUAGUUUUGCACAGGAACUAUGAGGCUAAUGUAGCUAAUAAGCAUUGGAUGCUAAUACCCCACCAAUUAGCAUGGUGGUAACUACAUGCCCAAAUCCUCACAUACUCUGAUAGACUUAAUUGUGUGGUUUCUGACACAAUAGUGUGGACAAAAUAUGACAUGCUUUUGUCCAUGAGUUACAGCUGAAAGGUUUGAUUUUUCACUUAAAGGGGAAUUCCACCAAUUUUUUUUUAAUUAUGUGAGAUGUAAACAGAGUGAUUCAGAGUGAUUUGGAGUGAAAUGGUUGAGAUUUCUUUACAGUGGUGGUGAUAGGAAC